GAGCCUGUCAAAGAGACUGCUUCAGAUAUUCAUGAAGCGGAUCCUUCUUCUUCUCCCAAAGGAAUGAAAGGCCCCAAUCAUGAACCUACAAGUACUGACCAAAUUAUCAAGGCUGGAGAUUUAGACUCCAACCAAUAUAAGGAUCAAGAAAAAAUUGAAUCUGUGGCUGAUGAUGUAGCUCCUAAUAAUGAUACUAUCCUUAAAGAUUCUGAUAUAAAAGCUGAACCUACAGUGAAUCAAAAGAGUCAAGAGGAUCAUAAAACUGACAUAUCCCCCGAAAAAGUACAGGAUCAGCUUGAAGAGGCCCAAAGAUUGCUCAAAACAACAAAAUCUACUGGUCAGUCUAAAGAGGCAAGGUUAGCUCGGGUUUGUGCUGGACUAUCAUCUCGCCUUCAAGAAUACAAAUCCGAAAAUGCACAGUUAGAGGAACUUCUUACUGCAGAGAGAGAGCUAAGCAAAUCAUUUUUAGACAUAGAAAUGCAGAAGAUAUGA